AGCUAGUAAGCCCAUGAUGAAGAAAACUUCAAAAUCUGUUCCUUUGGAGAGGAAUAAGAGAGAAAAGGAACAAUUCCGUAAACUCUUUAUUGGUGGCUUGAGCUCUGAAACCACAGAAGAACGUCUGUGGAACCACUACCAGCAAUGGGAAUAUCUCACAGACUGUGUGUUAGUACGGGACCCUGUAAGCCAAAAAUCAAGAAGAUUUGGUUUUGUCACGUUUUCAUCCAUGGCUGAGGUUGAUGCUGUCAUGGCUGCCAGACCUCAUUCCACUGAUGGGAAAACGGUUACUCCCAAACGUACUGUCCCAAGAGAGGACUAUGGAAAGCCGGGGGCUCUGGUCACUGUGAAGAAGCUGUUUGUUGGUGGAAUUGCAGAAGAUACUGAGGAACGUCAUCUUAGAGAUUACUUUGAGAAAUAUGGAAAAAUCAAUGCCAUUGAAAUAAUUACUGAUGGGCAGUCAGGCAAGAAAAGAGGUUUUGGGUUUGUUGCUUUUGAUGACCAUGAUCCCGUGGAUAAGGUUGUGUUGCAGAAAAAUCGUACCGUCAAUGGUCAUCAUGCAGAAGUAAGAAAGGCCUUGUCUAGACAAGAAAUGCAAGAAGGCCCAUGUUCUAGAAGUGGAAGAGGAAGAAAGGCUGGUUUUGUAUAUUUUCAUGGUGGUGGUGGGAAGUUUGGAGCAGGAAACUUUGGAGGAAGGAAAUUUACAGGAGGAUCUGAUGGAUAUGGAAGAGGACAUACAUUUGGGGAUGGCUAUCAUGGGUCUGGAGGAGGACCUGGAGGUGGCAAUUUGGGGUGUAGCCCUGGGCAUGGAGGAGGGCGAGGAGGAUAUGGUGGUGGAUAUGGCUACCAGGAUGGGAGCUCCAGAGCUGUUUAUGACAACUAUAGAAGGAGGAAUUAUGGAAGUCAAAAUUACAGUGAUUGGGGCUUCCCUGGUGGCACAGAUUAUAAGCAGAAACCUUCUAAGUACGAAUUACUGAAGAGUGGAAAACUGAGUGGUAGGUAGCAGGAACAUGGGGGGAUCGUACAGUGGAGGAAGCUAUGGUCCAAGAGGCAAUGGAGGAAGUGGGGGUUAUGGACAGACAAGAUGAUACUGAGCUUCUUAUUUGCCAUGGGCUUGACUGUAUAGAGAAUUAGAGCCCAGAGGUAACAGAAGAGCUUUAGGUUAUCGAAAUAACAAUGUUCAGGAAACUCUUAUCUCAGUCAUGCAGGGAUAUGGGAGAAGACACCAGAGCAGGUACACAGAGCCAUUUUGUGAGUGGACUCAAUUAUGUAAGAACAUUACCUUCCUGUGGAGGAAAGACAAUAAAAAAUGCUUUUGAAACAGUUUCUUAGCUUUUGAAUUGUUGUGUCUUUCCAGUGGUCUCUAUAAAAG